CCGCACUCCCGCAGUGCCGCGCCAACCGCUGACAAUAUCACCCGCUCUGUCACCGCUUUGUCUCGAAGUUUUAACGUAAUAAAAACCUUGUCGAAGUCCGUGUGAUUUGAUAAACCCAUAAACAGAUUGCCAACGAACAUAAUCGAAUAACGAAUUAAAUGGUGUUGUGAACAAGUGCAUCGAUUGUUGAGAACAGCCACCUAUCUAACGACGCGUGGCGGAACAUAAAAACAAACUCUCGUCUCGUGUUCCGAUGGUCCCCGGCAAUAAUUAGUUUGGCAAAAGUGAGUGUGUGUGCUGUGGACGCUUGAUGUUCAACUGGAACUAGUUCGAUAGGCUUUGCAUGUGCUGACGGCCCGUGGGCAUCCCGAGUCACGGAUGUUGAAGUUGGAGUCGCCAGAGGUGCGCAUGGCGCUGCCGCUGCCGCCGCGCGCGCCGGAUCCCGCGGCGCUGGCGGCCUACUGGGCCGAGUACGAGGACCUGUGCCGCCAGAUCAGCGCCGGCCACCAGCUCGAUGACGACGACAACCAUUAUGAAGAAGGCGAAUUAGAGGCGGAAUGGCUGCAAGCGGCGGGCCUGGGGUCCCUCGCAGCGCCCUUCCAAGCUGGCCUGGAGGUGACGGAGGCCCAACUGGGUGAGGCUGUCAGGCCUUUGCCAAGGGAACAGGCCGCGGCCGUCAGGCGGCGCGUGCGCCGGCUCAACAGAACUGUGAGGAGGAAGCGGGCUGCUUCCAGAGCGAAGAAGCCUGAUAUACGCGAUGUGUUCAGGGAUCUCGAGAAUUCGAGUGGCAGUGAACCGAGGUCUCGCAGUGCGACCCCCGACUCGCUGGACUCGCUGCCCAGCGGUGGGUCUGGUAGCCCGCCCGCAGAGUGGGCAGACUCCGCCACACCACCAGACUUUGUUGAUAGCUUCCCGCCAGCCGGCGCGCACGCACCUCUAGCCCGCACGCCGUCGGCGCCGGCCGGGGGACGCCGAGCGCGCUUAUCACCGCCGGCGCAGGCGCACUCGCCGCCGCUGCCCAUGCACGAGCUCUUCAAGCCCAACGACCUGCACUGGGCCGAUAUAGCUACUAAUACUGAGGGCAUCGAGCUUUUGGGGUACCAAAGAUACGGAACAGUUCAGGGACCGAGAAUAGGCAAGGAACGAAUCAACGGAUCAAUCUUAAAAGACAAUGAUACAUUUAUAAACAAACACACAGCGGUGUCCCGCGCCAAGAGCUCGGCGUCCGCGCAGCAGCCGCUGAGCUUUGAGCACAAGUUCAACCUCGACCGGCAGAUGCUCGACCAAGAGGAGGAAUGGCCCGAAGAAGACAGCUGCGUGGACAUAGAGAGCCUCCCAGAGCCGCAGCUGAAGCGGCUGCCGCCGCUGCUGUGGCUGGAGCUGACGGCGCUGUUCGACCGCUACUCGCUGCCCUUCCACAAGAGGAAGCCUCCGAAGAAGAAAAGGAAGGAGGAGGGCAACGUAUUCGGCGUGUCCCUAGAGACGCUGGUGCGCAAGGACAUGAUCCUGUGGGAGGACACGUGGUCGUGCGUGCCCAGCGUGCUGCGCGCUCUAUCAGCCGCCUUGCGCGCGCGCACCGCCGACGAGGGACUGCUACGCGUGCCCGGGAACAAGCAGAAGAUCGAGAGCCUCUGCCAGCUGAUCGAGCGUGAAUGGUACGGGCAGCGCGAGCUAGUAGAAGCCGCUCUAAGCCGCGCCAGCAGCCACGACAUAGCAGCUGUCUUCAAGCGGCUGAUGAGGGACCUGCCGCAGCCGCCGCUCACGCAGGAGCUCAUGAGAUUAUUCUACCACACUUAUGCGUUGUCAGGUACAACGCAGGGCCGCGCGUUGAACCUGCUGGUGCUUCUCCUGCCGGCGGAGCAGCGUGCUACCCUGCGCGAACUACUGCGCCUCGUGCGCCACAUCGUCGCGCACCACCACACCAACAAGAUGACCGAGCACAACGUCGCCAUGAUCAUCGCGCCCGCGCUCUUCCCGCCCAGCCUACUGAUCAAAGCAUCAGACAGCCUGGAGACGCAGCUCGCCACCGCGGCCAACAGCUGCCACGUGACUGAAGCGCUCAUGCGCUGGUGCGAGCAGCUUUGGACGGUUCCAGCAUCGCUGCUCACCGCAGCGCAGCGGAAACCCCCGCCACACCGGCGGAACCACCACACUUGAGCCUGAUGCCCCCACAGAUGGGCCACGGAUAUGACACUAUGCAUAUCGUUUGUUCGUCGCGUUAAAUUUCAGCAAAUAUGCUUUGUUUUUGGAUUUUCCGCAUGGAAAAUUACUAGCCAAAAUGUUUUAUGGCUGUAUAUUUGAUAACAAAGAUGCAAGAAUUGCAUCAUGUAGGAUUACGCAAAUAACUAUUGCUAAAUUAUUAUAAGAUCAAAUAUAUUAUUGUGAAUAAUUAGUUACGAAUACUAGAAUAUACGUAGAUAUAAUGCAGUGCAUGUCCGUGGUCACUGGCAUCCAUUGGUCAAUAGAAUGCAUGAAGAUAACAUGCAGGUGGAGUAAUAUUAUACAAGCUACAUGCAGUAUCGUUGUUGUGUACUUUGGAAGACAAUGACUGUAUUAUUCGCCACAGUUAUUCCUGCGUGUUAGCUUCGUGUGGAAACCAAGAGGAGACAUGAGGCCUGAAGCCACAAGUGUCAGAGACAGUGUACCUAGUUAUGAGUUAUGUUUCAGUCAAGUUGUGCUGUGCUUAAAGUUAUAUGAACAAUGUUGCAAUUGAGUGAUAUGAUAAAUAUUAUUUAAUGAUAACAAUUAUACAUAUACUCCGUGUUAAUCUUGUAGUUAACGCAUUUAGUGUGGUAUACAAAAUGUGAAUGAGAUGCCAAAUAUUCAUCAUAUUCCUUAAUUUAGUGUUAUAUUGAUAUUUCUGUGUGGUGGCUGAGCCUAAGCGAAAUUGUCCUUAAAUUCACGAAUU